AUGGGUGGCAGGUUGCCAAUGGCAGACAAGUUCAGGGCAGGCUAACAGCGAGUGAGUAUGGCAGACGUUCUGAACAAAGUUCCCGACGUUGAAAUAGAUUCCGACGGAAAGUUCAAAUACAUACUGGUGAGGUUAAAAGUGAAAGAUGGAGAGGCUCACAAAGACAUUGUUAGAGGCACGAAAAGUGCAGAAUUCCACAACCACAUCUUUGAAAAGGUGAAUCCAGCCAUGCAAGCCCUUGGGCUGGAAUGUGUCUGUCUUGGGGGAGGCAAGAUUGAACAUAGCAAUCAAGAGAAGAAGCUGCGAGUGUUUGGAGAAUCAACUGGCUAUGGAAAGGCUGAUCAUGCCGUGACCGUGGAGAAGCUGAAACCAGUAUUCAAAGACUAUGAAAUAACCUGGUCUGAUGAUAAGAAAUAAGAUUGAUCUAUUUCUGUACUUCUCUUUAGGGAUUGCUAAUCACAGCUGAAGCCAUUUGAAAGGCUAGUGCUGUUCCCAAGAGCCCACUGGACAUAAAAAAGGAUAUAGUUAAAUGUUGUGUUAAUGAAUGAAUCAUUGUCUCAAA